CGUAGAGGUCACUCAAUGACCUUUUUGUACACGUUCAUCUAACAUGUGUUAGAGAAGAGAGCGAAAGAGAGGCGCCGGCAAUUCAGGAAUAGACAACUUUGAUGCGAAUAGAUCAUUUGAAUUUACUUGAAUCAAGGAAUAGAUUUCAGGAAUAAUGCAGUUGUCCAGCAUGAUUGGACUAGUAUCUAUGGUCACUCUGGCCCUAAUGGUCAGUCAUCCUCAGCUGACCAAUGGUCUGGCAGUGAUGUCUAUUGAUCUUGGAAGUGAAUGGAUCAAAGUGGCUGUGGUCAAACCAGGAAUACCUAUGGAAAUUGUACUCAACAAAGAGAGCCGGAGGAAAACACCUGUUACAAUCGCUAUUAGGGAUGAUGAGACGCUUUACGGAGACCCAGCAUUAUCUGUGGGAGUGAGGUAUCCUAAAAGUAACUAUUACUACCUCCAAGAUCUGUUGGCUAAACCUAUAGAGAACCCUCUGGUAAAGUUACAUCAGAAGAGAUUUCUAUUCUAUGAACUGGGAGAAGAUGAAGACAGAGGCACUGUGUACUUUAAGCACAGUGAUGAUGUCAUCUUUCAUCCAGAGGAGCUUCUUGCCAUUGCUCUUAAUAAAUCAAGACAAAGUGCUGAAGGAUUUGCAGAGCAAAUUAUCAAAGAUGCGGUGAUCACAGUACCAGCGUUCUUCAACCAAGCAGAGAGGAGAGCUGUUCUGUACGCUGCUGAACUAGCUGGUCUAAGGGUACUCCAGUUAAUGAAUGACAAUACUGCAGUUGCUCUGAACUAUGGCGCUUUCCGGCGUAGCGACUUCAACUCCACACCCCAGAACAUUCUAUUCUAUGACAUGGGAGCGGGCAGCACUACAGCUACCAUCGUUAGUUAUCAGCUGGUUAAGACUAAGGAGAAAGGUAUACAAGAAACUAAUCCACAGCUAGCCAUCAAAGGAGUUGGGUUUGAUCGUACCCUUGGUGGUUUGGAAUGGGAGAUCAGACUUCAGAAACACCUUGCUGAAAUGUUCAACAAGCAAGGAAAGACAGCUAACAAGGUGGAGACGUCUAAUAGAGCUAUGGCCAAACUGCUCAAGGAAGCUAAGAGGGUGAAGAAAGUUUUAAGUGCCAACAAUGAUAUCACUGCGCAGAUUGAAGGUCUCCUUGACGACAAGGACUUCAAGGGUCAUGUGACCAGGGCGGAGCUUGAAGAAAUGACCUCUGACCUUUUUGAGAGGGUUGGUGGACCAGUGGAAAGGGCAUUGAAAUCAUCAGAGAUGAUUAUGGAUGAGAUUGAUCAGGUUAUCUUGGUUGGCGGUGGAACAAGAAUUCCAAAAGUUCAGGAAACGCUGUUGAAAGUAACAGGAAAGAAGGAGCUUGGUAAGAGUAUCAAUGCUGAUGAAGCGGCGGCGCUCGGGGCAGUCUACCAUGCUGCUCAUCUUAGCAAAGGUUUCAAAGUGAAGAAGUUCCUCAUCAAGGAUGCUAAUGUAUUCCCCAUUCAGGUUGAGUUUGAGCGUGACAUUGUUGAUGAUGACGGUCGUGAGGUGACCCGUAGUGUCAAGAGGACAUUGUUCGGAAUCGCUAAUCCUUACCCUCAGAAGAAGGUCAUGACCUUUAAUAAACAUUUCAAUGACUUUGGUAUUAAGGUCAACUAUGGUGACCUUGAAAGGGUCAUGAAUGAGGACGAUUUGGAUGCAUUUGGAGCUCACAAGUUACUUGAGGUCAAUCUUAAAGGAGUGAAAGAAGCGAUUGAUAAGAAUUCUGACUCAGAAAACAAAGGAAUCAAAGCUCAUUUUAGGAUUGAUGAGAGUGGAAUCUUCCAUUUAGAUACGGUGGAAUCAGUAUUUGAAACAAUGAAGAAUGUAACAGAUGAAACAGAAGAACAGUCUACCUUAGCAAAAUUGGGAAGUACUAUAAGUCGUUUCUUCUCUGGUGGAUCUACUACUGAUGGAGAUGAUGAUGAUACCCAGACAGAGACGGAAGAACAAGGAGAAGGAGACAAAGAUGCAGAGGAGGAAGAGAAAUCAGAUGAAACAGCACCGGAGGGAAAGCAGGCAGAGGAUGGAACAGCCCCUGAACAGCAAGAGGAGAACGGUGCAGAGGAAGAGCCUUCUGAUGAACCCCCUCAGGAACAGGAAACACCAGAGGAUGAUGGGAAGGAAGAGGAGAAAUCAGAUGAUGAUACUGAGAAUAAAUCUGAGGAAGAAGGAGAGAAAGAAAGUACCAAGGAUGAAGAAGAGAAGGAUGGAGAGAAGAAAGAAGAAUCAAAGGAUGAAACACUGAAGGAAGAUGUGAAGAAGGAGACCAAGCCUAAGAUUGUUACCAAAAAGGAGAACAUCACUGUUGAGAUCCAGAUCCUGGACCUGAAUGAGCCGACGAGAGCCAGCAAGAAGGCAUCCAGGAACAAAUUAAAGGAACUCCAAAGAAAAGAGGAGGAGCGUGUCGAGAGAGAGCAGGCCCUCAAUAGUCUGGAAUCAUUCAUAUUUGAUGCCCAGGAUAGGCUGUAUAAUGAGGAUUAUGAGAAAUGCUCUACGGAGGAAAAGAGGGAAGAUAUUCGGUCAAAACUCAGCGAGGCAUCGGAUUGGCUGUAUGAUCAAGAACCUGAUACACCCAUACAGGCAUACAAAGACAAGCUCAAAGAUCUGAAGAAAUUGCUUAAGAACCUCGAGUACAGAGUAGAUCAGCUGCGACGACGACCCGCUGCCAUUGAGGCCGCCAAAUCAGCACUCAACGCUUCAUACCACUUCAUGAUAGUAGCCAAGAAUGUCACUGGCGAGGACUUACUUUACACUGAAACAGAAUUUGGUCUUCUAGAGAAAGCUUAUAAUGAAACCAAUAAUUUUUUUACCACUAAGUUGGAAGAGCAGGAAAGGACUGCAUUGACAGAGAAACCUGCUUUAAUAGUUUCAGAAUUAGAGGAGAAACUUCUAAGCCUUGAGCGGGAAGUAAGAUAUCUCGUAGGCAAGGCAAAGUCAACACCGAAGUCAAAGCCAAAGCCAAAGAAAAAGACUGAUAAAAAGAAAAAUACAACAGAAACAGAUGAAAGUAAUGGAGAUAAUGGUGGUGAUGAAGAAGCAGAAGAAAAAGAAAAAGUUGUUAUCCCUCCCCCUGAAGAAGGAGAGGAGACCACUGAUAAUGCACAGGAUGAGGAUCCUGCUGCAGUAGAUGUGGAAGGGAGUGAGGAGCAGGAUCAAGAAGAGCCAACUGAAGCCACACCUACCGGGGAGGAAGAACAAAUACCAGAAGAGCCUUUACAAUUAGAAGCACCUGAAGAAGAGGUGACAGAUACAGCACAAGAAGAGGCAGCACCAACAGAAGCCCCUACAGAAGAAGUAAAACGUCAUGCCGAACAUUCACAUAAAAAUGGGGAUUUGUAACAGUAUUUAAAUUAAAUGUAUCUAUGUUAUGAUGAUUUACCAUGAAGUGUGUUUACAAAGUGCAAGUGUGAUAUUAUUUUUCUUGAAGCAUUGUAUGGUUUUACCAUUUAGAAUAACCACGCAUGUAUGUUGCAGAAUAGCAUUGGUCUUAUUACACUCCCUUUGGUCAUUCCAGAUGUCGUUUGGUAGCAUUCCACAAAGCACAUGAAGUUUUAUGAAUCUUGAAACAAAGUGUAUGUACCAUUCACUAUUUUGAAUAAAACUGGUCCAGUUCACUUCCAUGGGGUACUCCAUUUUGCAUGUACUUAGUGUGUUCACAAGUCCAAGUUUUGAAAACGUUAUGGUUAGUCGUGUGGACUAAUCAGUACAUUCACAGACAUUGGUUGUAUUGCACUGUCUUGGUUGUAUUUAUUAAAAUUGUACAGUAUUGUCAUACAGUAUGUGGUUCAUGUGGAACAGCUGCUGUAUUCAAGAGUAUUGGUAGUACUGCCCUUGAACAUUGUUUUGUAAUUUGUUUACAAAAAUUUAAGGUCUUUGUUUCCUGAAAAGUUGUAUUAAAGUAAGUUUAUUGUUCCUUGCAUUUCUGCACAGCAUUACAAAUGCUGAUAAUAUUGAAUAUUGACAGGCAGUUGUUUGUAAUUUACACAGUUUGUGGUGCCAUUAUUAUGCCUACACUAUUAAAUUGUGAAUUUUCCUUAAUUUCUUAUUGAUACAAUCGAAAGAAAUUUGUGUUUAAUACAUAGGAUAUAUCAAAAGUAAGAAUAGGUAUUUAUUAAUUUUUCAUUUAUCAAUACUUGGUAAUUUUGUACUUUCAACAUUAGUUGAUCAAUAUUUAAACAGUUUACCAUUGAAUAUUUGCAUUUGCAAAAUUUUAAGAUUUUACACAAUUACAAAUUACUAGUAUAUUGCUUGUGUAAAGGACUCCCAAAUGCACCUUUGCCACCUAGAUAUUCUAAUAUACAUGAAAUGUAAUCUUACAAAUAUCAGUUUCUUGAUGAUAGUAAAACCAUACAGAACACACUUCAUGGUAAAGAAUAGUUGUAAAUGUGGAUUAUUUUAUUAGACUGAUUCUUAAAUUCAAAUUACUAGGAACGUUUGACUCCCUCUACCUCUCUAAACUUAUCACAUUGGACUUGGUCUAAUCCAUUUGGUCUAUUAUCAGUUUGGUCUCAUUGCCACAAAGUGGCCUAACCAUUACUUGGACUGUCAUUUAGUCUAAUGCCUAGAACCUCAAUGCAUAAAAGUUGCUAUCAUAUUAACUCUGCUAUCCAAUGGUAACUGCCAUGGUAACGUACCUCAACAGUUAAUCAAAAUCAGGAUUCUGUGAAAGUUACCAUUGGAUGGUAUAGCCACUAUUACAGUAACUUUCAUGCAACGCGACACAGAUAGACUACUAUCCCUCUCGUGUAUUUCCUGUUUUGCAUUUUUUUUUCAAAUGAAAAUUUGCAUCAUAAACAGUUCAUUUCAUCAAAGAUGGUGUAAAAAUGGCUAUAGUCUAAAUGGGAGAUAGACAAAAUGGCAAAUGGACUAGGAGGCAUUUCUACUAAAUGGUUAGUAGACAAAAUCAAGAUAUGAUCAUGUGGGAUGAGAAAAGCAUAAAUGAGUCAAAGUGGUUGUUAAUAUUACUGGAUUUCCAAGGGCAUUAAAAUCAUAUAUCAUGUGAACCUUG